CCCUCAUCGCUGACCGCAUGCCCACCACCUCCCGCGACACCUCCUACAUGGCCAUGUACCUGGCUGUCAUCCUCUGUCUGAGCGGCCUGUCCGUAGUGCUGACCAUCGUCGUCCUGGACUUCAACCUCCGGGAAGGUAAAGUGACGCCGUGGCUGGAACAUGCAACCAGGUGUGUAGUUAUGCCCUUGACCUGUGCCCGGAGCUUGAACCGGAAGUCGAGGUCAGCGUCAGUCAGCAGCAUCGACACUGUGGGAGAUCCCAAGUUCAAGGACAUUCAGAAUGCAGUCCACAAGAGUGAUCCAACCGACGCCGACGGCAUCGCGAGUGCCCCCUCUACCAGCCCCAGUGCAGAGAUGACAUGGCAGGAGAUAGCCAGAGCCUUUGACGCACUUUUCUUCAGGCUGUAUCUGGGUACAAUAGCAACCGUCACCAUCGUAGUCUUAGUUUUCCUGAGUUCGAUAAUGCUCAAUAGAGACACUGAGAUUUAGGCUUCUCACUUCGCUUAUCCAGUGCUUUAUAGAUCCUUGCUAUCAGAAGGAAUACCCUGGAACAUCACUACCAUAAUUUCCUUUAUAUUCGAAAGACAGACAGCUACAAAUUGCAGUCUAUAGUAUAUUCAUGAGCAAGAAACGCUAUGUGAUAAGUAUGUGAUAAGUUAGUGAUAAGUAAGUGAUGAGUUAGUGAUAAGUAUGUGAUAAGUUAGUGAAACGUAUGUAAUAAAUUCAUAUAAGGUAAUGAUAAAUUAGUGAUAUGUAUGUAAUAUGCUGGUGACACGAAUGUAAUAAGUUAGUGAUGAGUAUGUGAUAAGUUAGGGAUAAGUAUGUGAUAGGUUAGUGAUGAGUAUGUGAUAAGUUAGUGAUAAGUAUGUGAUAAGUUAGUAAUGAGUAUUAGAUACGUUAGUGAUAAGUUAGUGACACGUAUGUGAGAAGUAUGUGAUACGUUAUUGAUAAGUAUGUGAUAAGUUUGUGAUAAGUUAGUGAUGAGUAUGUGAUGAGUAUGUGAUACGUUUAUGACACGUAUGUGAGAAUUAUUACCCACGUGGUGAAGAUACAGGUGGUAAGAUACUAAAUCCGUACGUCACACG